CGUUAGGAAUGCGAUCCAACAAAUAAGGUUGCUGAAAGAGACACUGUUAGUUUUAGACGGCAGGUUAGUUUUAAAUUAAGUGAUGGAAGGCAGCAGCAUAAAAGCAUUGGCUAGUCUUCUUCUAGGACUUGUAGUUGGAUUCUCUCUGGCUUCCAAAUGUAUUAUGCCCAGGUCCAGAGAGAUGCACAAAACCGUUCGUAGGACUAGCGGCGGUCAUUGCGUCUUUGACAAAGAGGAAAGGACCCAAAAGGACAUCAGCGGUGGACUACUCUUGCAACCGCAGGAUAAGGAAUUGCUGACCGCUGUGAAUAAUGUCCCGAGGACCAGUAACUUUAUAUUCAUCGGAGUUAUGACCGCGCAAAAAUACCUUAAAAACCGAGCCACAGCAGCUCAUAGGACCUGGGCGCAAACUGUCCCAGGCCGGGUGCAGUUCUUCUCCAGUGAGGGUUCAGACACCUCUCUCCCCCUCCCCGUGGUGCCGCUUAAGAAUGUGGACGACUCCUACCCACCACAGAAGAAGUCUUUUAUGAUGCUUAAGUACAUGCAUGACCAUUACCUGGACCAAUAUGAGUGGUUCAUGCGGGUGGACGAUGAUAUCUACAUCCAGACCGAGCGUCUGGAGAGCUUCUUGCGCAGCCUGAAUAGCAGCAGGGCCGUUCUGCUUGGUCAGACCGGCACAGGAGCUCAAAACGAGCUGGGCACCCUGGCGCUGGAGCCCGGAGAGAACUUCUGCAUGGGGGGCCCUGGGGUGGUGAUGAGCCGGGAAGUGCUCCGUCAAAUGGCCCCCCACAUCGGCCAGUGCCUGCGGGAGAUGCAUACCCACCAUGAGGAUGUGGAGCUAGGCCGCUGCGUCCGCAGGUUUGCAGGUGUGCAAUGUGUUUGGUCCUAUGAGAUGCAGCAGCUGUUUUAUCAGAACUACGAACCUGGCAAUAAAGGGUUCAUCCAGGACCUGAGCAACAGUAAACUCUACAAUGCCAUCACCCUCCACCCGAACAAGAGCCCGCCACACCAGUACCGUCUGCAUAGCUAUAUGCUGGGCCGCAAGAUCAGUGAGCUGCACCACCGCACCAUCCGGCUGCACCGCGAGAUCCUCCGGAUGAGCAACCUCACCAACGCUGAGCCAUGCAGAGAGGACCUGCAGCCGGGUGCUACCGCCUGCUUCAAGGACCUCCGGCCGAGGCAACGGCAGGAUGUCCGAGAGUGGGAUUUCUUUACUGGCGCACACCUAUACCCCUCCGCCGAUUGGUACCAGCCACGCCGUGCCCUCUGCGGCCCUCUGAAGGCGGCGCUCGAUGACAUCAUCCUGCAGGUGAUGGAGACGCUCAAUGCCAAUGGCAAGGCUAGGGACUACGUUGUUGAUUUCAAGCGGAUCCUUUACGGUUAUCACCGGGUGGAGGCACCACAUGGGGCAGAGUACAUCCUGGACCUUCUGCUGUUGUAUCGGAGGCUGAAGGGGGCAAGCGUACCAGUGCAUGUGAGGAGACACGCCUACCUGCUGCAGGCCUUCAGUCGGACUCUCUUUCGGGAGGAGAGCAACAUAAAGUUCACACAGCUGGAAGACAAGACCGACCAGGUCUCUGGCCCCAUCACGUAUGUCCACAAAUCCCUUGGGCGGCUCUCUCCAUUCCGGUUGGGUGACUCCAGCUCGGACUUCAGACAUGGUCUGGCGACAGUCAACAUCCUGGUUCCGCUCUCGGGAAGGUAUGAGGUCUUCGUUCGCUUUAUGGACAACUUUGAGAAGGUGUGCCUUGCCUCCAAGCAGCCUGUGAAGCUGCUGGUGCUGUUAUUCAGUGCAGAGAACGAUGUUGAGAGUGAGAGAGGUGGAGCAGAGUGUUUCAGAUAUACAGAGCUGGUGUCAGAGUACCACAGGAAGUAUCCUUGGGCAGACAUUGCUGUCCAGCCUGUGGCUGGCCCCUUUUCCCGGGGACGGGCCCUACAUGUAGGCUCCUCUCACUUCUCCAACAACUCUCUGCUUUUCUUCUGUGAUGUGGACUUACUGUUUAGGGCUGAUUUCCUGAAGAGGUGUAGACAUAAUGCAAUACUCGGGGAGCAGGCAUACUUCCCUGUCAUUUUCAGCCAGUUUGACCCCAAGGUCGUCGAUAGAGGUAGAGCCAGGGACAACCAGUAUGUGUUCACCACCAAAACAGGGCUGUGGAGACACCACGGCUUUGGCAUAGUCUGUGUGUACAAAGUAGACCUUGUGCGAGCAGGAGGCUUUGACAUUUCCAUACAAGGGUGGGGCCUUGAGGAUGUGGAUCUUUUUAACAAAUUAAUCCGAUCAGGGACACGAGUGUUCAGGAGUGCUGACCCUGGGAUUGUGCAUAUGCACCACCCUGUAGUGUGUGAUCCACAGCUGGAUGCCGAACGCUAUAAAAUGUGCUUGGGCUCCAGAGCCUCCUCCUAUGCAGACACCCUCCACCUGGCACAGCUGUGGCUGGAGAAGAAUCAGCAGGACUUCCACUGGACCAAUAUCACACAGACACAUGUUGACUAAUUAAUUUAUUAUUCAGUGAAAAAAGAA